GCCGGGCUCGGCUGAGUCAGGACGGUCACAGGAGGCAGCGCGGAGGGUAACUGACGGGCGGGAGCUGCAGCUGCGUAGCGGGAAGGCGCAACGGCCGGCUGGGCGGGUGUCUAGCGUCGGUUAGAGCCUAAGCCCCCUCCUCGCUGGAGGCCGCCCCCGCCGGCAUAGUCCCCCCUCCCCUCAGGAGAGAUCCCCCGCCAGCCCCUCUGCCGGGAGAGACUCCCCGCGGCGCCCGGCUCCCAGCAUGGCUCUGCUCCAGCGCCUGGCCCGGCUGGCUGCCGCCCUGCAGGACCCGCAGAAAGUAGCCGACUUCCAGCGGCUCUGCGGGGUGGAGGGGCCUCCGGGCUUGGCGGCCUCCCCUCCCCUCGCUGAGGAGAGCGGGGAGCAGGGGCCGUUAGCCAACGGCAGCUGCCCCGCCAGGAACGGCGGAGGGGAAGGCGAUGGGUGGCCCCGGCUCCGAGCCGCCGCUGGCGGGGAGAAGCGGCAUCCGAAGGGGCUGGGGAACGGGGCGGUCUCCAGGGGAGCCGGCGGGGAGGGACCCCCGCAGCAGACCUGGGGGAGGAGGCAGCCGCGCCGCAACUCCCUGACCGGGGAAGCCGCCUGCCAGGAGAUCGCCAUCCGCAAGCCCUUCCUCUAUUAUCUGUUCAACUUGGGCACGGAGCUGGGCAACGAGCUCUUCUACAUCCUCUUCUUCCCCUUCUGCAUCUGGAACCUGGACGCCUGGAUGGGCAGGAGGCUCAUCAUCGUCUGGGUCUGGGUUAUGUACCUGGGCCAGUGCACCAAGGAUGUGAUUCGCUGGCCACGGCCUGCCUCCCCUCCCGUGGUGAAGCUGGAAGUCUUCUACAACUCCGAGUACAGCAUGCCUUCCACCCACGCCAUGUCGGGCACUGCCAUCCCUCUGGCGCUCGUCCUGCUCAGCUACGGCAGGUGGCAGUAUCCUCUUAUGUAUGGUCUGAUUCUUGUGAUCUGUUGGUGUUCUCUGGUUUGUUUUAGUCGAAUUUACAUGGGAAUGCACUCAAUUUUGGAUGUUAUUGCUGGAUUUCUGUAUGCUAUUCUCAUCUUGGUUGUCUUCCAUCCAGCUGUGGACCUGAUUGAUAACUUCAAUUUAACUUACAAGUAUGCACCACUAAUUAUCAUCAGUUUUCAUUUAGCCUUGGGAGUUUUCUCUUUCACUCUUGACACCUGGAGCACAUCACGAGGAGAUACAGCUCAGAUUCUGGGUUGUGGUGCUGGAGUUGCUUGUGGAUCUCAUUUUAAUUACAUGUUGGGUCUAAUGCAAGAUCCUUCCCCAGAUACAUUGCCUUUAAUUCCUCCCUCCAUCACUGUGACUUUAUUUGGAAAAGCCAUAUUGCGGUUAUUGAUUGGAGUAGUACUACUAUUGUUAACAAGAAUAGUGAUGAAGAAAAUCACCAUCCCACUGGCCUGUAAAAUGUUCUCUAUACCAUGUGAUGAUAUACGACAGGCAAGGCAGCGCAUGGAGGUUGAACUACCCUAUCGCUAUAUUACAUAUGGAAUGGUUGGGUUUUCUCUCAUGUUUUUGGUUCCUUGCCUGUUUCUUUUUAUUGGUCUUUCUUGAUGCAGACUUAUUCACUUGGCAAGGGAAGAAGGGAGGUAGUUGCUUAAUGUAAAAAAAUGUGCACCAGUUGGCUAUUGGCAGACUUGUGAACUUUGCUUUAGCAGGGACUUUAACAGCAAUACAGGACAGGCACUGCAUUUAAAGGAAAUUGCACAUCUUAGGUAUAGUGUCGGGCCAAAAGCCAAAAAUUACUCUCCUGAGAAGUGCUAUGCUCUGUAAAUGCCAUGUCUAUUCUUAUUGCUGUAAUGAGGUGUGUGUAUAUCUACAUGCAGUACAUAUAUAUGUGUGUAUACACGUACGUAGUGAAACAUACAUCAUACUGUACUUGUAUACUUUGGCAUAUUGCAAAGGUGUCUGACAGCUGAUCAGAAAGUUCCAUUUGUGUUUGGUUUAAGUCACUUCAUAAUAACUUACCAAUUAAUGAACAAACAGCUAAUGGAACAGCUUAUGUGUUUUCCUCCAUUCUUCCCCAAACUCAGUUGUUUAUAUAGACGGCAUUUCUAAUGGACCAAACUUGCAGUGAGAUCAGUUGUAAAAACUGAAGUUAUUUCCUUCAAUCCCUUCCACAAAAUAAAAUGUCUAGGUUGACAUUGGUUUUAGGUAUAAAUAAAACUGUUUGAUUCAGGUACUGUAUUUUAUGGCUUAAUAAUUGUGCCUUUCUGUUGCUAAAUUAAGAAAUGCCAUAUACUGUGAUGUAAAAAUAUGACAGCUAAUUUUAUUUUAAGUCAUACAUAAUUAGGCAGGUAUUUUUAAAUGUAGAUGUCCACAUAUUAGAAUGGUUAAUUUCAACUAUACUGAUCACAAUUUAGCUUAUUUAAAAUUACAUAGAUGGAAUGAGCUAAACAGUGACUCACUAAGCUCAACAGGUUGUGAAUGGACAAUAAUUCCCUUUUAUAGGUAUUUUUUAUGUGCAUUGUCAGUUACUGGUAGAGGAUAUAUUUUUCUGCAAAUUGUCUUAAUUGUUUAUAUACUGGACAGGUAUGUCUAAUAGUAAGAAAUUAUAAACAAUAACAAUGCACACCCUAGCUAUAAAUGGCCUCAUUUGUUUUGUUAUUCCAAGCUGAUUUUAAAAGGGCCACUAUUUUUAGAGGUGUACUUAAGAAGAGAUCCUCUUAUCUUGGCUUUAAAAAAAAUAUAUAAAUUUUAUGCACAAAUUGCAUAUGUUGUAAUUCAAGAAGUCUUACCACUUUUACCCAUACCUAGACAAAAUAUAUAAAGGUCAAAGCAAAUUUCAUUGUGAUCAUUCUAUAAUAAAUUAAACUAAGUGUUUGAAGCAAAGACAACAGCUUUGUGAAUGCAUAAACUAUUUGUGCACAUCGGGGUUGUUUUGAAUGGCUUUUAACAGUAAUGCACUUUUUCAGUUUUAUAGUGCCCUCUUUUCUGCUGAUAAGUAAGAUGCAAUCCUCGGACUAUCUAAUUUUACAUGAACCUGGGAUUUGAAUUUCAUUUUGUCCAUAUGAUUGUUUAGGUUCACGUGUUGCGUAAGCGAUAUGUCAGGAGUUGUUGCAAUGUUGCAGUAUUCUGACAGGACAUAACUUGUGUUGUGUAUCCAUAUUAUAUGUUCAGGAAAAACCUUAACUUGACUAAAAGCUUUCUGUUCUAGCUUAGCUAUUCACUUUAAUGUAUAGUUUUGUCGAGGAUUACUUGGAAUUGAAACUUUUUGAUUUGGAGAUAUGAACUCCACACUCUAUUAAUAAUAUGUAUAUUAACAAAACUUAGUAAAGGCACUGACUGACUUCCUAUCUCUUUCUUAUUAGACCAGUCAGUAGAUCUUCUUAUGGUACGCUGACAUCUGAACUUUUCAGAUGUACAUUUAGAAUGCACUGUUGUUUAUGAAUGUAUUCCACCGUGUUCAGUGUGUUAAACCACUAACUCUUUUUAAUAGGUGAAGAGAUUUUUAGCUUGCAAAAAAAACCUUGGUUAGCUUGUUUCAGUACUUGUGUAUUUAUAUUUAUGAUUUUCUAUCUAUUCCUUUAUUACAGUUUUGUGCUUAAUGUGCAGUAGAAGUUAAAUCCCAUUUCCAAGGUGUUGAGAGAGGAGAUUUUUGUAUUGGUAUGGUUCUGGAUUUAUACUUCCAUGUUCUGAGCAAAUAACUAGGGAGAAUAUAUAAAAAGGCUUUCUUGCUUUAAAGCCCCGAACAGAUAAUUUGUAGCUCAUGUAAUAUUAAAUUGGCCCUGCCAGAGGUAGAAAUAAUAUUUUUAGAAUGGUUUCCUUUUCUUUUAAAUAGCCUGGCUUCACUGUUCUAGUGAAGAAUGUUUAAAUAGUAGUACAAAAGGGCAGUUGUACAAGAACUAAUUGUUCCAAGUAAAAAAAUGCUCUCAUGGUUUAUAGGAACUUGAAAUUCAAAGCAUGGGAUUGCUUUUAAGGCCGAGUUUAUAGUUGUACUGCACUGUUAUACCAUGAAUGCAAAAGAAAUCUCAGUUGCUGAGAAAGCUCAGUGUGUACUAGCUAUUAAAUCACAUGCAGUCAUGGUUUCCAGAGUAGGAAAAAUUGCACUGUAGUUUUUGUACUGUUACUCUGUAUAUGUUUAUAUUUUGUACAUUGCAUUUGGUAGUUUUAAAAUGUCAUUUCUCGUGCACAGAGUAGUUUAUUCUACAGGAAAAAUGUACAUCCAAAUGUCAAUUUAUAUAGCACUUUUACAAUCCUGUCCUUAGAUCAUUGCUGCUUACUCGAGUUUACAUUAAAAUGGAAUAUUAAAACCUUUCUUUCAUGUUUUAUAAGGGGGUUGGAUCAUGUGGGUAGUGUAACAGAAGAUGCCAGGCAAUUACAGAAAGCAGUAUGAGGCAGGGAAAAGAGGCAGAAAUGCAAACAUUUAACAAAGUUGAACUUUAAAGAAAGUUCAUAUGAACAUUUGAUUGAAAGUCUAAUUUUGUUUUGUGGUUAUAUUUUCCAAAAUGAUUCCUCCAAAUCUGUAAUUAACACUUGGCAGUUGAUAUAACGUGAAUGUGUUUUAAUUGGCCUAAACAGACAUUUUAUCCCUUUAUUGUUGGAGAUGAACAUAAAAAACAAAGGCUUAUAGUUGGAAUAUCAGCUUGUACCAAAAUUAAAAAAAAAAAUGCUUUAAAAUGACGGUGGUUAGCAGUCUUUUCAGAGUGGGAAUACACUUGAAAGAACUUACUUAAUUAUUCAGAUAUAUCUGUGCUAGAGAACGUUUCUCAAUUCCAGAUACUAUUUAAACUUUUAGAAAUAUACUGUUUCUCUAAAGAAGUAGAGCAACAUCCAUUACUAAAAGAUAUUAGAAUAUUACAUUUGAGUUGGGUUUUGUAGGUUACUGUAUGAAAUUUAAAUACGACUGAAAAUAAUGUUAAUAUAGGGCCUAAUUUAGCAAAGAAUUUUCUACAAGACCAAAGAGGCUCUAAAAUAUUGACUUGUAUGUGAGCCUUAAAAAUGGAAAGCAAGAUGAAUUUAUUUCUGACCUGGCGCUUAAAUAAGACUAAUAUAUGUAUUACACUGUCUUUGGAUACAUUUUUUAAUCUAUUACUUUUUCAUGUUUACAGUAUAACUACCACUUUUGCUUCCUAAACUAAUGUUGAGCUGGUUUGUUUUAUGCAGUCAUGUACAAGGCUCUUAAGCAUUUGAUCAUAUUUGCCUUAUUACUUAAUUUGCUAAUACCUCUUUUU